UGCAAAUGUUUCACCGAUAGACAUGGACCUAUGUUACAAUACAUGUAGCAUAAAGUAGUUGUACUUUAAUGCAAUAUUACGUGACAAAAGCUGAUCAUGGCGGAUGUAGGUCAGAAAUGACCAAUAGCUUAACCCUCACAUCCUGAAUAUGAGAGGGAAUAAUUUAUUUCUUUACGUAUCCAUUCUGUGUUACAAUGAGGGAAGCGUUUGUGUUAUUUAUUCUUUUCAUUGCACAAGGUAAAGCACAGGUUGCAAACCUCGAAGCUCCAGCACAGGUAGACGUGGUCAAUGGAGAACUUGUAGUGAAGUGUGCACCUUCGGGAAAUGGAUUUAACUUCAUCAGCCGACUGGAAAUCAAGCGUAAACUGGUCAGCGAGUCCUCAUACAUUACAAUCCUCUACGUGGAAGACCCGGCCAAGGGAAGUGACCCGGUGUUUCGGGAUAAUAAUUUAGCUCUAAAGGCCACAACAGAAGGGCGUGCAGGAAGAGUUUCCGGGGCAAUUCUUAACUUCAGUGUCUCAGCGGGACGGGUCACGUGUGAAGAUGGCGGCUCCUACCAGUGCAAAAUCACCCACACGGGCGCUAACAACGAAUCACUGACAGUCACGUCUGCUUCUGUAAAUGUCGCCGUUGUGGCAAACCCCUCCAGCGGUCUACCUGUCUUCGACCUCAGUCCCUCCAACGUACCUGGAUCAACCGACAAUGUUUACCUUAAAGGAACCACCAUAGUAUUGAUCUGUCAGUCGGAAGUGGGUAGUCCAGCCCGUCCAAUGAGAUUCUGUCAUCGUCCCGCUGGCAUGCCCAACUUCCUCCCCGUUUCCUCCACACAAUCGGACGUGGUCACCCCAGCGUCUACUGAGCCCGGGAAAAUCUGUAUACUUUCCAGAACCAUCGUGGCUACCUUUGCGAUCGCUGACAAUGCUGGGGAAUUUUCCUGUGAUGUGUACAACGCUACGAGAAAUGCAUCGUGUGGUACAUAUCUAAAAACCAGCGUAAGGUCAUAUAGUGGCCAAGAAUAUCCAUAUUGUAACGCGAGCAAUGCAGACAGUACUACAACGACAACAUCGACAACAACAACAACAACAGCAUCGCCAACAACAACCAACUCUCUAUCUAUAGAUGAAACUUUCAUUGCCGAGAAUUCAAGCGGCGUCUCGUACACUGGGGGCCUCUCUCUACUUCUCCUUGGGUGUGCAUUGAUCUUCCUAUCCGGAAUCAUGGUUGCCGUCAGUGCCAUUCUGUAUAUUAAGGCAAAGAAACUCAGAAAAGAGGCAGAAAUGUCUAUGAUAAGGUCCACCUACGAUUCCGUGCACUUCAAUGCGGGCCCGGGCCCUAAUUAUUCCUCUCUGGAAGACCUAAAAGAGCAGACCCCCCAUCGCCAAAUCGAAGAGCUGGACAGCGAUGGUUACAUGGUGCCAUCAAUGACGACGUAUAAAUGAUGCAAUUACAUGACGCAACACACCAUCGGUGAAGACUUCCAUAUAAACAUUUUAAAUCAAUGCAUUUUCUUUCAACCAAUAUAAUCAUAUAUUUUGUCAGAAGAGUUAUAUCUUUACACAGAAAAUAAACUACUGUAAUUUUGAU